CACCCCGCCCGUAGAGGCUGCACGAUGAGGAGUAACAGUUAAAGAGCGAUGUGGAAUACGGCGUACAGUCGAAGGAGAUGCGCGGUUGGGCGGGAGGGCAGGCAGCGCAGAGCGGAGCAGACUUGCAGACCUGUUCAUAGAUGCGCCGGGAAGGAAGAGGACGAGGAGGAGCACACGGACAACCGAUCGACGGGGAGAGCAAGCGGAGUGCUGUUGCGCAGUGCAGUGAUGGAUUGAUGACGCCGCGCGGCAGCCCAUACCAAGUGCCGAGUCCCUGCAGAGAGAAUAUAAGACCCGAGAGAAAGCGGCCUUGUCUCUACCGCGGCGUCUUUGUUUGACCCCCAUCAUUAUAUAAUCCGUUUUUAACUCGAGGCCGUGCAGUGUUUUGACUCGCUUUCCGAAGGCGAAGAGAGAGAGAGAGAGAGAGAGAGAGAGAGUGGGAGUCGAGGAGGAGACGAGGCAGGGAAGUGCAGGGCAGACGCUUGGAAAAGGGCUUGGCGAGAGGAAUUUCUCUUGAAAGGAAGGCUGCGAUAGGCGAAAGAAUUGGGAACGGUAGAUAGGGGUUGCAGUUGAAUUGAGAUCGGAAUUGUGAAGAUGGAUUGAGGUUGGAGGAAAUCUGCGCACUCCCUCUACAAGAUCGCCAGACCCAAUUCAGGGAGGAGAGUGCAAAAGACAGUGGAAUGGACGACACUCAUAUGAAUGGAAGUGGCAAUGGCAAUGUGGUGCUGGACGAAGUUGUGGCGCCGGUGCCAGUGCCAGAGCUGGACGCCAAUAGGAAAGUGACGGUUGGGGUUUGCGUGAUGGAGAAAAAGGCUCUUUCACCGCCCAUGACUGAAAUUUUGAAUCGGCUCCAAGCUUUUGGAGAAUUUGAGAUCAUUCUAUUUGGUGACAAAGUCAUCCUCGAAGAUCCCGUUGAAAGCUGGCCUAUAUGUGAAUGCCUGAUUGCCUUUUACUCAUCCGGCUAUCCACUUGAAAAGGCGGAAGCCUAUGCAGAGCUCCGAAAACCGUUUCUCGUAAACGAACUUCAGUCUCAGCACCUUCUUCAUGACCGGCGAAAGGUUUACACGCGUUUGGAAGAAUGUGGGAUUCCAAUCCCUACAUAUGCGUUGGUUAAUCGUGAUCAUCCAGACCAGGAGUUGGAUUACUUUACUGAGGAAGAGGACUAUGUUGAAGUCCAAGGGAAACGGAUAUCGAAACCAUUUGUCGAGAAGCCUGUGGAUGGAGAUAAUCACCGGGUUAUGAUAUAUUACCCUAGCUCAGCUGGUGGAGGGAUGAAGGAACUUUUUCGCAAGGUGGGAAAUCGCUCAAGUGAGUUUCACCCUGAUAAGCGAAGAGUACGGAGAGAAGGAUCCUACAUUUACGAAGAGUUUAUGCCAACUGGUGGAACGGAUGUCAAGGUUUACACAGUUGGUCCUGAAUAUGCUCAUGCCGAGGCACGUAAAAGUCCUGUGGUUGAUGGGGUGGUGAUGCGAAGCGCAGAUGGAAAAGAGGUGAGGUACCCAGUGUUGUUGACACCCGCAGAGAAGCAAAUGGCUCGAGAAGUUUGUGUUGCUUUUGGUCAAGGAGUUUGUGGAUUUGAUCUUCUCAGAUCUCAAGGGCGGUCUUAUGUUUGUGAUGUGAAUGGCUGGAGCUUUGUUAAAAACUCUUACAAGUACUACGAUGACGCAGCAUGUGUUUUAAGGACUAUGUUUCUAGAAGCAAAGGCACCCCACCUUUCUUCGCAGCUACCUCCACGCCUCCCGUGGAGUACUGAUGCUGCCCAGGCUAGCCUUGAUGAUGGUAUAUCCAGACAAGGAAGCAACAUCACUGGAACUUUUGGGCAAUCGGAGGAGCUCCGCUGUGUCAUUGCAGUCCUUCGUCAUGGAGAUCGUACUCCAAAGCAAAAGGUCAAGAUGAAAGUUACCCACGACAGGUUGCUCAAUCUGAUGCUGAAGUACAACGGUGGAAGACCAAGAGCCGAGGCCAAGUUGAAAAGUGCCGUACAAUUGCAAGAUCUAUUGGAUGCAACUCGGAUGCUCGUACCGCGGUCAAGGUCUGGGAAAGAAAGUGAUAGCGAGGCAGAAGAUCUAGAGCAUGCUGAAAAGCUUCGUCAUGUCAAAGCAGUCUUGGAGGAGGGUGGCCAUUUUUCUGGUAUCUAUCGAAAAGUACAGUUAAAACCUCAAAAGUGGGCUAAAGUUCUACGAGAAGACGUUGAAACUGAAGAAGAACGCCCUACUGAAGCUUUGAUGGUGCUGAAGUACGGUGGUGUUCUAACUCACGCAGGUGGCAAGCAGGCGGAGGAACUGGGAAGAACAUUCAGAAAUGACAUGUAUCCAGGCGAAGGCACAGGUCUUCUCCGUCUUCACAGUACUUAUAGGCACGAUUUGAAGAUCUACAGUUCUGACGAGGGUCGAGUGCAGAUGUCAGCAGCCGCAUUUGCAAAAGGAUUACUGGAUUUAGAAGGUCAACUGACUCCAAUUUUGGUUUCCCUCGUAAGCAAGGAUUCACCUAUGCUUGACGGGCUGGAUACUGCUAGCAUCGAGAUGAAGGAGGCGAAGGGUAGGUUGAACCAAAUUGUGACAACCGAAUCGGAUGCACUUCCGAAACCAGCAAAGCCAGAAACACCGUGGAUGGUUGAUGGAGGAGGACUUCCUCCGAAUCCCAUGGAUCUGAUCAGACAACUGGUCGAAUUGACAAAAGCUGUAACAGCACAAGUAAAACUACUGUGCAAAGCCGAGGAAGAACGUUUGGCUGAACGGUUAAAAGAAACACCAUCAGAUGAACUACCUCCUUACGACCAAGCUCGUGCUCUUGGGAAGACAAAUAUGGAUGUAGAUCGUAUUGCUGCUGGAUUACCGUGCGGCAGUGAAGGGUUCCUUCUCAUGUUUGCCCGGUGGAAGAAGCUUGAACGAGAUGUAUUUAAUGAACGUAAAAGUCGUUACGACAUCAGCAAAGUUCCAGAUAUCUAUGACUCUGUGAAGUAUGAUCUCAUACACAAUGCUCAUUUAGCACUGGAGAAGCUGGAAGAAUUGUAUGGAGUUGCAAAGGAGCUGGCAGACGGAAUCAUUCCCGCAGAAUAUGGAAUAAAUCCCAAGCAUAAACUCAUCAUUGGAUCUAAGAUUGCACGUCGUCUGAUGGGAAAGAUCCUAAUCGAUCUCCGUAAUACUCGAGAAGAAGCGAGGAAUGUAGCUGAACUGAGGCACAGCCAAUACGCGGCUAAGAUGGGUUCACGAUCAAGGGCACAAAAGCAGCAGGACGCUGGAGCCGAAGCGAAUGGGAAAGCAAAGACUAGCAACGAAGGGUCGCGUGGACAUUGUUCUGUACCCGAGAAGCUCUCGCCACUGGACAAAGAUCUCACCGAUGACGAUGAAGAGAAAGAAACAAGCUACCGACUGGAUCCGAAGUAUGCAAAUGUGAGGACACCGGAAAGGCAUGUUCGUACUCGGCUUUACUUUACUUCGGAAUCACAUAUACAUGCUUUGAUCAACGUGCUACGUUACUGUUACUUGGACGACACACUGUGCGGGGAAAGCAGUCUUGUUUCUGAUGAGGCAUUACAACGCCUUUUUCAAGUCAAGGAACUUGAUUAUCUAACGCAUGUUGUCCUACGCAUGUACGAGAACACAGCGGUUCCGUUGGAGGACUCCAAAAGAUUCAGAAUUGAGUUGAUGUUCAGCAGUGGAGCUGCUCUGAGCCCGUUGCAGGUUUCUCCUCGCAACCGCGAUCACACGCUUCCAGUGCUUCCUCCAGAAACUCUUCAAGAGGAUGGAUCUUAUGUCACCUUCGACAGGUUGGAGAAGAUGGUCCGGCCGUUUGCCAUGCCUGCAGAAGAUUUUCCACCUGCAACCACUCCACAGGGUUUCACAGGACUUUUUUCAAAAGGUCGAACUACCGCACAACACGUGUUGAGUUGCGCACAGUCUCAUUCAGCCAAAGAACACAUACAGCACCUUCGCAACACCAUCAAGCAAGGGAAGAAGAGAAAUUCUCGCUGAGCACUUGACACCGCGUCUGUCGUCCACAUCUGUACUGUCUAAUUUUCCGAGCUCCUGAGUCGCUCAGCAUGGUUACAGGCAAACAUUAAUCACGUCUGCCAGCAGCUGUUUGCUUCUCGAUUCAAUCCCAAUGCGGACUGCUUCCCUUUGUUGCCUUUCUUGAGUUUUGAGUAGACCUGAUAGAAAGUAGGGUAGGUAGAGGGCUAUCAGAGCUUUUGCGAUUGCAAGAGUAGUUGCAAAGCGGGGAAAUUGUUCCCGUCCCUCAUAGGAAUAGUAAUCAAUAGUAGAGUGUUUGAGCGGCAAGGAAUCAAGAGUAUCGCCGUGGGAGGAUAAAGUGCCGAAGCAUCUUCCGGUGAAGUAGAUUUCCUUAGGAAUCUACGUUCUGAACGUCCUUGUCAACAGGAUUCCCGUUUUGAUGCUUAGAAUCCCGUGAUUAUUCCAAGAUUCAGGAACUGUCGGAACUCUUUGUGUCGUUCCUGUCUGUUCCUGUCCUCAGGAGGUAGAUUAUGCUGGCCCUGCAGGAUUUGUCCGCGGCCAUCAAUUGGAUGAGUCUGGUCACUUGCGCUGUUUAGGGAAUUCGUCACUCAAGUCAAUGUGGGAGUGGUUUAGAUUUAAAGCAAGUUAUCACGGCUGAAAUAAAAAUUGGGUCUACAGUUGGAAAAGAAUUCCUAUUCUUCAACGCAGCCGCCGUCACGUCUGUGCGAACAUUGUAUGACCACUAAGGUACGUGGAGAUUUUGAUUAUUCUAGAAGCCCUGAAAGUGCAGUCAUAGGGUCUCAUAGGUACGGCUUUUUCUGAAUUGUAUCUUUAAGUGUCAAACCGUUCUCUGAUCUUGCUGACUUUGAG